CUACAUUUUCAGAUCAAAAAAUGAUGCGUUUAAUGAAUCCACCAAUCAUUCUUUUGAAAGAUGGUACUGAAAAUACUCAAGGUAAACAACAGGUUAUUAGUAAUAUUAAUGCCUGUCAAGCGGUUGCUGAAGCUGUACGUACAACACUUGGUCCACGUGGUAUGGAUAAAAUGAUAGUCGAUCAAAAAGGUGAAAUGACCAUUUCAAAUGAUGGUGCAACCAUAUUGAAAAAAUUGGAUAUUGUUCAUCCGGGUGCAAAAACAUUGGUCGAUAUUGCUAGAUCACAAGAUGAUGAAGUUGGUGAUGGUACAACAUCGGUUGCAUUGAUUGCAGCCGAAUUUCUUAAACAAGUAAAACCAUUUGUUGAAGAAGGUGUCCAUCCACAGGUGAUCAUACGAUCAUUUCGUAAAGGUUUACAAAUUAUUCUCAAACAAUUUCAUGAAUUAUCGAUGAAAUUUUCUGAAAAUGAUCCACAACGUAAACGUGAAUUGUUGGAAAAAUGUGCCAUGACAACAUUGUCAUCGAAAAUUGUUGCACAUCAAAAGAAUUUUUUCGCCAAAAUGGUUGUCGAUGCCGUAAUGCAAUUGGAUGAACUUUUACCAAUGAAUAUGAUUGGUAUUAAAAAAGAAAAAGGUGGUGCACUUGAAGAAAGUCUAUUGGUUGCCGGUGUUGCAUUUAAGAAAACAUUUUCUUAUGCCGGUUUCGAAAUGCAACCGAAAACAUAUGAAAAUCCUAAAAUUGCUCUGUUGAAUAUUGAAUUAGAAUUGAAAGCGGAAAAAGAUAAUGCCGAAAUUCGUGUAGAUUCAGUGGAAGAAUAUCAACGUGUUGUUGAUGCUGAAUGGCAAAUUCUUUAUGAUAAAUUGGAAAAAAUUUGGAAAUCUGGCGCUAAAGUUGUUUUAUCAAAAUUACCAAUUGGUGAUGUUGCUACCCAAUAUUUUGCUGAUCGUGAUUUGUUUUGUGCUGGCCGUGUACAGGAUGAAGAUCUUCGACGUACAAUGCAAGCCUGUGGUGGUGCUAUACUUACAACCGUUUCUGAUCUUGGUGAUGGAAAUCUUGGCCAAUGUGAACAUUUUGAAGAACGACAAAUCGGUAAAGAACGUUAUAAUUUUUUCACUGGUUGUUCAAAUUCCAAAACUGUGACAAUCAUUCUACGUGGUGGUGCUGAACAAUUUAUCGAAGAAACAGAACGUUCAUUACAUGAUGCUAUUAUGAUUGUAAGACGUGCAUUGAAAAAUGAUUCAAUUGUUGCCGGUGGUGGUGCCAUUGAAAUGGAAUUAUCACGUAUAUUACGUGAUUAUUCACGUACGGUUGCUGGUAAAGAACAAUUAAUUAUUGCAGCAAUGGCUAAAUCAUUAGAGGUUAUACCUAGACAGCUAUGUGAUAAUGCCGGUUUUGAUGCUACCGAUCUAUUGAAUCGUUUACGUAAACGACAUGCUGAACCUGAUGGUAAAUGGUUUGGUAUCGAUGUACGACAUGAAGAUAUUUCCGAUAAUUAUAAAGCAUGUGUUUGGGAACCAAGUGUUGUUAAACGUAAUGCAAUGAUUGCCGCUUCGGAAGCAACAUGUUUAAUAUUAUCUGUUGAUGAAACGAUUAAGGCACCAAGAUCACAACAGGAACAAACAGCAGCAGCACAAUCUAUGGGAAUGGCAAUGUAAUAAUGAUAAUGAACAUCAUUAUUAUUAUCAUAUUUACAUUC